CUUCUUUUUUUUUACCCUAACCCGUGAAGACAACAUGGACUUCAUCAGCGACCGAGAUGUGCAAAAGUACACGGAGGACGGCUUGGUGGUCCUGGACGAGUUCCUGACGGCGCAGGACUGCGACGAGCUGCGUCAGCGGAUGUGGGAGAUGGUGGACGUGAUGGACGUGCCGGCGCACUGCCGCACCACCUUCUCCACCUACCACCACGAGCAGCUCAACACGCAGGGAAACGCCGACUAUUUCAUCACCAGCGGCGAUAAGAUCCGCUUUUUCUUCGAGAAGGGCGCGUUUGACGAAAAAGGAGAAUUUGCCGUACCGAAGCAUCGAUCGCUCAAUAAAGUGGGACACGCGCUCCACGCAUACGAGCCUUUGUACACUAAAGUUACACAUUCGCACAAAGUUCAGGGCAUCGCCAGGAAGCUCGGCCUGGUUCGUCCCGUCGUCCUGCAGAGCAUGUACAUCUUCAAGGUCAACGCGCAAUCACGUGCACAUUGUAUUUCAAAUACCACACCAGCAACCUGGGAUUGGCGGAGAAGUGACGCCGCACCAGGACGCCACCUUCUUGUACACGGAGCCCCUGGGGAGGGUGAUGGGCCUGUGGGUGGCCCUGGAGGACGCCACCGUCAACAACGGCUGCCUGUGGUUCAUCCCGGGCUCGCACAACUGUGGCGUGACGCGACGGAUGGUGAGGACGCCGCCGGGCACCUUCCCUCUGACGGACUUCGUCGGCACGGAGCAGGAAUACGACGGCGACAAGUUUGUCCCGGCGGCGCGGUGCUGAUCCACGGCCAAGUGGUGCACCGCAGCGCUGAGAACGCGUCGGAGGACUCGCGCCACGUGUACACCUUCCACCUGAUGGAGGCGCAGGACACCCGCUGGAGUCCGGACAACUGGUCAGACACAAACGCCGCCGUCGCACCGCACCUGCAACUGGCAACGCACGUUCGUUUGAUACAGAAAACCAUCAGCUUCCACUGCUGCCUUGAUUUGCGAGUGCCGUUCGUUCCGUCACCACAGUCGGAACUCAAAACGCUCUCAAUCUCGCGUCACCUUUUCCCGCUCCCGCCAAUGGAUUUCGCCAUUCAUCUUUUCCAGCCCCCUAAAAAACACCGACAAAUUUGGUUUUUGUUUUUGAAAAUGAGAAAAAUAGCACUCUGCGGGUGUUGUAUUUGUAUAAAACACAGUCAUAACGAAUAGAAAGUCAAGAAAUGAAAAGUUUGUGCAUCACGAUUUCAUGGUUUCAUUUAAACGGCCGCCUUUUGGUGUGCACGUCACGGCCACCGGGGGGCAGUGUAAUCUGUGUGUUGCUGCGCCGUUUGCGAUCAAACGUCCGUUCCGUAAAGGGUUAUAACUAGCGCGACAUCCAUACUAGUUUUAUUAGCCCUUCUAUGGCGUUUUGCAUCGUGUGCUAGCAUUAAGCUAGCAGACUUUUGCAUUUGGUGAAGUUGUGGUUUUGUUAAACGCACAACACAUAAUUCUCUUUGUUUAUUGGAACGUUUUAAAGUAAACUUCAACUGGGAGUGGCAUUAAAAAAAAAAAAAAAAAAGUUUUUACAUUUUUUAGAAAUUCGGCCGAACGACGGCUUGCAUCUAAAAGAACAUGUAAGUCGUGUCACUUGUAUCUCAAGGCACCACUGUGUUUAAAUAUAAUGCUAUUUAUUCAUACAGUAUGUAAUAUGCAUUUUCUUCCAAUAGUGCACAUUUUAAGCUUUUUGAAGAGUUCUACAUGCAAUAUCGAAAUGAGAAUAUAUAUAUCCGUGCAAUAUUUGUAGAAUAUCUGAAUGCUGAAGGAAUUCAAACCAAUACAUAGCAGGAAGGGUUCAAAGAAAGACAAAUGAAAAAAGUACUUUUACUGUAAAUUUGGACUUGUUGUUGUUUUGUUUCUCUUGAAGGUUGCAGCCCACGGAAGAACUUCCUUUCCCGUCUCUUUACACCAAAUGACGGAGCGGACUUUUGUUCCGAGCUUGUACGAAAGGUUCAAAAUAA